AAACUCUCGUGUCUACGCCUCUGGUUCUCUAAGGAGGGUAUAUUCUGUGUUUGAUUCGCUUCUUGCACAUUGAAUUUUUCGUAGAAGAUUCCAUUGUCCUCAUUUAUCCUCUCUUCCUCUGUUAUAAUAAAUACAUCUCUUUGUUGAUCGAUUCUCCUCUGUCUUGUUAAAACCAACAUCGGAGUUCGAUUUCAGGACUUUUCUGCGCUCUUAAUGAAGUGAUUGCGAAGAUUUUUUUAGCUCUAGAUGGCAUUAGAGGGCGAAUACAAAUCCUCUUGAUUGCCCUUUUUUGUUUUAAGUUCUUGAAAGAGUCUUUACUAUUUGGAGGUAGACAUAACAUUCUUACCGGCUAGAGAUUAUGGAAGUGUCAGUCUCUCCUCAACCCCACAAGAUGAAGCUGCAAACUCCUCGUAAAAGCUCUCUUUCAGGAGCUAAGAAAGAUCUGUGGGUUGCUAUACGGGAAGGCUCAUUGGUCGAUGUCGAAUCAGCACUGAACGUACUGAAGAAGAGCGGUGGCAUUCUGAAUUUAAGGAACGGAUGUGGUCUCACUCCUCUGCAUGUUGCAGUCUGGAGAAACCACAUUCCUAUUGUUAGGAGACUUCUAGCUGCUGGCGCUGAUCCUGAUGCCAGGGAUGGAGAAUCUGGCUGGAGUAGUCUUCACAGAGCUUUGCACUUUGGCCAUCUCGCAGUGGCUAGUGUACUAAUUGACUCAGGUGCUUCUUUUACUCUAGAAGACAUAAAGUCAAGAACACCGGUUGACUUGGUCUCAGGCCCUGUGGCUCAGGUCAUUGGUCAGCAGCACAAUUCAGUGGCUACAGAGGUGUUCAGCUGGGGUAAUGGUGCAAACUACCAACUUGGAACUGGCAAUCAAGAUGUUCAGAAGCUACCAGGCAGAGUUGAUUCACUCCAUGGUUGUUUUAUUAAGUCGGUCUCUGCUGCAAAGUUCCAUAGUGUUGCCAUUAGUUCCCAUGGAGAAGUCUACACUUGGGGGUUUGGAAGAGGAGGCCGCCUUGGACAUCCUGAAUUUGACAUUCACAGUGGUCAAGCUGCAGUUAUCACUCCUCGGAAGGUGAUAUCUGGUUUAGGAUCUCGCAGAGUGAAGGCAGUUGCAGCAGCUAAGCACCAUACUGUUAUUGUUACUGAAACAGGAGACGUGUUAACUUGGGGUUCCAAUAGAGAGGGACAGCUUGGUUAUACAUCUGUGGAUACGCAGGCAACACCACGCAAAGUGACUUCUUUGAAAGCGAAGAUUGUAGCUGUUUCUGCGGCAAACAAACACACCGCCGUAGUUUCUGAUUGCGGUGAAGUUUUCACUUGGGGAUGCAACAAGGAAGGCCAGCUUGGUUAUGGAACCUCCAACUCAGCUUCAAACUAUUUCCCCAGAUUGGUUGAUUACUUGAAAGGAAAAGUUUUCACGGCCAUCUCAUCUGCAAAAUACCACACUCUCGUCUUGAGAGAAGAUGGAGAGGUGUACACUUGGGGUCAUCGGCUGGUGACUCCGAGACGUGUUAAUGUUUCCCGGAAUCUAAAGAAAGCUGGGAACACGCUGUUGAAUUUUCAUAGAAGGAGACCUCUUAGAGUGACUGCAAUAGCUGCUGGAAUGGUACACAGCAUGGCUCUAGCAGAAGAUGGUGCAUUGUUUUAUUGGGUUUCUUCUGACUCCAAUCUCAAAGGCCAACAGUUGCAUAGUCUGCAAGGGAAAACAGUUGUGAGCAUUUCAGCGGGUAAAUAUUGGGCAUCUGCUGCUACAAGCACAGGUGAAGUCUACAUGUGGGAUGGGAAGACAGAUAAAGACGUGCCGCCGUCUCUUUCUCGCAUCCACAACUUGAAAAGAGCAACCACAGUUGCUGUUGGCGAGACGCAUCUUCUGGUUGUGGCGUCUCUGUAUCACCCUGCCUAUGCUCCUGCUGCGCUUACCAAGUAUCUGACUCUGCAAGCGGAUGAAUCUAGGGGGGUACAACAUGAAGAGCUGGACGAGGGUUUUAUGUUUGAUGAUGUGGAAUCUGUUAACGUGUUACCAUCCGCACAACAUGAUAAUCCCAAGGAGCGGACAGUACCUAGCUUGAAGAGUUUGUGCGAGAAGGUGGCGGCGGAGAGUAUAGUAGAGCCUCGGAAUGCUAUUCAACUUCUUGAAAUUGCGGAUUCACUUGGAGCUCAUGACCUCAAGAAGUACUGUGAGGACCUUAUAAUCCGAAACCUUGACUUCAUCUUGACCGUUUCUCCCCAAACAAUAGCAAACACAUCACCUGAUGUUCUCGCCAAUCUUGAGAAGCUACUAGACGACAGAUCAUCCGAACCGUGGAGCUCACGACCACUUCCAACACCAACAGCCACCUUCCCUGUUGUGAUAGAUAGCGAAGAGGAGGAAAGCGAGAGCGACAUCUUACGAACUCGUGACAACCAUGUGAUGAAACACUUCGCCUGCGUUACCGAAGGAUCCUCCUUCUUGCAACCAGAGGAUGAGCUGGCUCAACGUAACACCAAAGAAGUCCGGGCUUUGAGGAAGAAGCUGCAACAGAUUGAGAUCCUUGAAGCGAAGCUAACAAGAGGACAAGCUCUUGAUGGUCAGCAAAUAGCAAAGCUUCAGAAGAAACUGGAUAUUGAGAGUUCGCUUGUGGAACUUGGUAUCUCUGUUGAAGAGUCAUCUUCAGGUUUGCCACUAGAUGGAAAGGCUAACAAGAAGGCUGAUGGUUUAAAGAAAAAGAAGAAAAAGGGUAAACAGAGGUUUGCACAAGUUGAGACUCUCCCUGAGUUUGGUGAAGUUAAAGUGGAAGUAGAUGCAAUGCAGAUUAAAGAAACCGAGGAAACUAUCAAGCCAAAGGACGGCAAUGCUAUGUUGGAUGUGACGUUAGUUAGCGAGUUCACCAAAGAAGCAGACUCUAUCUCACUCUCGCAGAAGAAAGACAAUCCACCUGACUCACCGAGAAGCAAGAAAGCUGCAACCAAAGCAAACAAGAAGAAGAACAGAAAGGGAGGACUGUCCAUGUUCUUGACCGGUGCUCUUGAUGAUAACCCCAAACCCGUUGUUGCUCCUCCACCAAAGCCCAAGAGCAAAGGUCCUGCGUGGGGCGGUGCUGCUAAGGUUUCAAAAGGGUACUCAUCUCUUCGAGAUAUUCAAGACGAACAAAGCAAGACUCCUCAGCCUCAUGAGCAGCCUGUUAGGACUACUAAACAUCAGUUAGGGGAUGAGUCUUGUGGUAAGAUACUACUUAGUUCUUUCUUGACCUCGAAGCCGAUUCCUGUGGAAUCAACGAGGAGUUUGCAGCAGCAAUGUGAUGUGGAAAAGGGAACUCCUCCUUGGGCUUCUUCUGCAACUCCUCCCCACGUUUCUCGACCUUCUCUUAGAGAUAUCCAGAUGCAGCAGGUGAAGAAGCAACAGUCUCUGUCCCACAGUCCAAAGACGAAAACAUCAGGCUUCACUGUUGCAACAGGGCAAGGAUCUCCAUCAGAUUCGCCUGGAGCUAACCGGUGGUUCAAACCAGAGGUCGAUGCUCCAUCAUCAAUCCGCUCUAUACAGGUGGAAGAGAAAGCAAUGAAGGAUUUGCGCCGAUUCUACAGCAGUGUGAAGGUAGUCAGGAACCAGAACUGAAUGAGACAUCAUUACCUUUCUCAACAGGUCUCAUUCUCAAAAGUGUUGUAGUUGUAGUUGUACUUGUACAGAUGCUGUCUCGACUGUACAUUGGGGUUUCCCCUAAAGUCGUCAGCCAUUUUCUUUUUCUUUUUCUUUAAAGUUGUUAGCUGUGAGAGUGAUGCUCAUGUUCAUGUACAUCGUUGGUGUACCUGAAGCUCUUUAUUAGUCUCUUCACAAACUAUUUUAGAUGUACUCUUGAAAUAACAAUAAGAAGCUUGGAUAAAUCAUUCUU